AUGCUGGUGGGGCGAUUCAAGCAGAAUCGACAAUCCAGGAAGCAACUGACAAAGCUCCGCACACAGCUACUGCGUCAAGCCAUUCUUAAUAAUUACAUGUGUAAGGUAAAUCCUCCCAAAACAUGGAACAAAAAGAGGGUGAUACGGGAGGCGAAGAAGAAGGAGAAGGAGAUACAUCAUUUGCUGGAGGAGAAUCAUUAUGAUGAGCUAGAAGAUGAUUGGUUUCAGGUAGUGGGAGAUGUAGCUGGAGAGGUAGAGAUAGAGGAAGAAAAAGUGAACGCGGAAAAGGAGGAUAUGUAUGAAGAGGAAGAGGUGGAGGACACAUUAGAGGAAAAGGUAGAGGAAGAAGAAGUGGAAGAGGUAGAGGAAGGAGAAAUGGAAUAUCAAGUGGAAGAAGAAGAUGAUGAUCUCCAGCAGGAGAAGGUGGAGAAUACACAGGUAGUGGAUGAGGUCGAAACGGAGGAAAUAAAAGAGAAGGAAAGUGAGAAGGUGAAAAUGGAAGCAAUUACAGGAGACAAAGAGACAGAUGAGUACUGUUACUUACAGGAAGACAUCAACACUAGAGAACAGAAUUUAGAGACUGAUGAAGACCUGAUAAGUUUGACCCCUGUUAAGGUAAAUGCUCCCAAAACAUGGAACAAAAAGAGGGUGAUACGGGAGGCGAAGAAGAAGGAGAAGGAGAUACAUCAUUUGCUGGAGGAGAAUCAUUAUGAUGAGCUAGAAGAUGAUUGGUUUCAGGUAGUGGGAGAUGUAGCUGGAGAGGUAGAGAUAGAGGAAGAAAAAGUGAACGCGGAAAAGGAGGAUAUGUAUGAAGAGGAAGAGGUGGAGGACACAUUAGAGGAAAAGGUAGAGGAAGAAGAAGUGGAAGAGGUAGAGGAAGGAGAAAUGGAAUAUCAAGUGGAAGAAGAAGAUGAUGAUCUCCAGCAGGAGAAGGUGGAGAAUACACAGGUAGUGGAUGAGGUCGAAACGGAGGAAAUAAAAGAGAAGGAAAGUGAGAAGGUGAAAAUGGAAGCAAUUACAGGAGACAAAGAGACAGAUGAGUACUGUUACUUACAGGAAGACAUCAACACUAGAGAACAGAAUUUAGAGACUGAUGAAGACCUGAUAAGUUUGACCCCUGUUAAGGUAAAUGCUCCCAAAACAUGGAACAAAAAGAGGGUGAUACGGGAGGCGAAGAAGAAGGAGAAGGAGAUACAUCAUUUGCUGGAGGAGAAUCAUUAUGAUGAGCUAGAAGAUGAUUGGUUUCUGGUAGUGGGAGAUGUAGCUGGAGAGGAGAAAGUGGAGAAUACACAGGUAGUGGAUGAGGUCGAAACGGAGGAAAUAAAAGAGAAGGAAAGUGAGAAGGUGAAAAUGGAAGCAAUUACAGUAGACAAAGAGACAGAUGAGUACUGUUACUUACAGGAAGACAUCAACACUAGAGAACAGAAUUUAGAGACUGAUGAAGACCUGAUAAGUUUGACCCCUGUUAAGGUAAAUGCUCCCAAAACAUGGAACAAAAAGAGGGUGAUACGGGAGGCGAAGAAGAAGGAGAAGGAGAUACAUCAUUUGCUGGAGGAGAAUCAUUAUGAUGAGCUAGAAGAUGAUUGGUUUCAGGUAGUGGGAGAUGUAGCUGGAGAGGUAGAGAUAGAGGAAGAAAAAGUGAACGCGGAAAAGGAGGAUAUGUAUGAAGAGGAAGAGGUGGAGGACACAUUAGAGGAAAAGGUAGAGGAAGAAGAAGUGGAAGACGUAGAGGAAGGAGAAAUGGAAUAUCAAGUGGAAGAAGUAGAUGAUGAUCUCCAGCAGGAGAAGGUGGAGAAUACACAGGUAGUGGAUGAGGUCGAAACGGAGGAAAUAAAAGAGAAGGAAAGUGAGAAGGUGAAAAUGGAAGUAAUUACAGGAGACAAAGAGACAGAUGAGUACUGUUACUUACAGGAAGACAUCAACACUAGAGAGCAGAAUUUAGAGACUGAUGAAGACCUGAUAAGUUUGACCCCUGUUAGAAUAUGCCAGGACAAGAACUGUAGCUGUUCCACUUUAUGGUCUUCUAACGAAUUACCCAAUAGUUAUCAACAGUAUUAUUACGAAAACUGGCACAGCAGCGCUUUUCCUGAAAAACAAGUGUUCACUGAUCUGGCAGAGGGCAUGUCUUCGCCCGUACCUACUGAUGGUGAAGACUUUAGGUAUUACACGUAUCUAGAGUCAGAGGACGAAGAGAUGUUAGAAAAGUCAUGGAACGAAUGUUUUGAAACUCAAGAAUCUCAUCUGGGCAAGAUGCGGUAG